AUGUAUGGAGGAACUGUUGUACGUCCACUAUUCUACGAAUUUCCAAAAGAUCUGGAAACGCAUGACUUGGGGCAUCAAUUCUUAUGGGGGAGUUCGAUGCUUGUUGCACCUGUUCUUCAUCAGGGUGCGACUUCUGUCAACGUGUAUCUGCCGGAAAACGAUUGGUACUCAUUGUUUGACUACAAUUAUGGUCAGCUGAUGCAGCAUGGCUAUCAAGAGUAUCCAACUCCGUGGACAUCCCAGAUUCCAGUCUUCGUCAGAGGUGAGGAUUCUGUUGCCGGAGAUCUUUACUGGGAUGAUGGCGAAAGUAUCAUUGAAUCUUAUGAUAUGCACGAUUAUUAUUACUGGUCAUUCAAGUAUUAUGCGGAUAGUCAAAACGGUUAUCUCUCUAUCAAAACGGAACGCCGUGCUGUGAACAUCAAUGUCCAAACAUCGAGUUACAACCCGUACAAGAGCAUUUUGUACGUCUCGACAAAGAACCUCAUUGAUAUUUCCGGAGAAGGAUCCGCAAACUUGUCCUGGAAGCAUUCGACUGGUGACAACGGCAUGGGAAGCAACGGAAAGGAUUUGUGGUAUUGGAACUGUUUCUUCAUUGUAAUUUGUAUCACCGGAUACAUGUAG